CAAAAUAGUCCUCACAGCUAAGACACAAGAACUAAGACCAGAAGUGUGAGCGUUUCCGUCGGAGGUUUGACAGCAGUCCUUCCUCAAAUGAGAAGACGUAAAAGAUGGAGCUUCAUAUUUUAGAGCACAGCUUGAAAGUGGCGAGUAUAGAGAAAGAGGGGAUCCAGAUUUGCACCCACGGAUUAAUAAAACUCGCCUUCCUGGCCUCCAAAACAAGAUGCAAGUUUUUCAGUUUGACAGAGACUCCAGAGGACUACACCAUCAUCGUUGACGAGGAAGGCUUUAAAGAGCUGCCCCAGUCGGAGCACAUCAGCGUUGCUGAUGCCACAUGGGUGGCCCUGAACGUGGUGUCGGGCGGAGGCAACACAUCCAGCUCGCAACCCAUUGGCGUCACCAAAAUCGCUAAAUCAGUCAUUGCACCGCUGGCCGACCACAACAUUUCUGUUUUCAUGUUGUCGACGUAUCAGACGGACUUUAUUCUGGUUCGAGAGCGAGACCUGCCGAUGGUCAUGCACACACUGUCUUCCGAAUUCACUUUGCUUCGUGUGGUCAAUGGGGAGACUGUUGCAGCUCACAAUCUGGGGGUCACCAAUGGCUUUGUAAAACCAAAACUCGUGCCCCGUCCCAUCAUUCACCCCUUAUCCAGUCCCAGCAACAUGUUCUGUGUGACCAGCCUGGACCCAGACACACUGCCCUCUGUAGCCACUCUGCUCAUGGACGUCAUGUUUUACUCUGGCGGGCAAAAAGAGUCCGGAGCAUCCAGUGAAGACUCCAGCCACAUCCGCUUCUUCUCCUUCUCCCUGAUCGAGGGCUACAUCUCUCUGGUCAUGGAUGAACAGACUACACAAAGGUUUCCAAACAAUGUACUUUUUACCAGCGCCUCUGGGGAGCUUUGGAAAAUGGUUCGAAUUGGAGGACAACCUUUAGGAUUUGAUGAGUGCGGCAUCGUGGCUCAAAUAUCAGAACCGCUGGCGACAGCUGACAUUCCAGCUUACUACAUUAGCACCUUCAAGUUUGACCAUGCUCUGGUUCCUGAAGAAAACAUCCAAAGUGUGAUCGUUGCUCUGCGGACUGAGAGCACCGCGCAGUGAAGGAAACUGGAGGAAGCGAUGACGACUACCAUCUCCAAAGUCAUUUAGUCCAAAUGUUUAUCAUGUCCAAAAAGUGCCAAGAGCUUGCUAGCAGACUACUGUGGUCAGCUCUGAAAGGAAGCAGGGAGAGAGGAGGGGGACAGUGUGCUAGGGAUGCCUUUGUUACUCGGCCAUUUUCUUUCCCCACAACUACUCCUUGCCUUCCUUCGUGCCCGAGGCCCCUCCCCUCCACCUGCCUGCUCUGGUAGUUUUUGCUUUAGUUUACCAAACUGUUUCUUUUCUUUAAAGCUGCUUCUUCCCACUCCCACAUCCUCCUGAGCACCCUACUGUAUUAGUUACAUAAUUCCUUUCAUGGAAAGAUGACGAAUGUACUCUCAAAACAAAAGAAUUGUUAUAUAUAGUUAUCAAAUCACCCCCCCACCCCACCCCACCAGUCAUUUUUCUCAGUGCCAAGUUGUUUGAAUGCUUAAACCGAUGCCUUUGUCAAAAAUACUGCACAUGUGCAAUUGAAGGAGACGACCAGCGAUGGCGUUUUUUUGUUUGCUUUUUUUGCUUUUUACUCACUGUUGACGUUGUUUUAAUCAAAUAUCUGAUUAUAGGAGUCCCCUUUACUUAGACAUUAAAAUCAGAUGCUCAGUCUGGAGAAACAUGAGGUGACUCAAAGCUCCACUUUUUUUUUGGUGCAUUAAUAAGUUACAUCCAUUCACAUUGUGAGCAACAUGAUCGAUAGACCAAUCUGCAGAUUUGACUGUUUUAUUGAUCUGCCUUAUUAGCGCCCUUUUAUUUGUAGCAUUAAUGGUUCACUUAAUAUUUGAUUUUUGGGUUGGCUAGAAAAAGGUUAUGGUUCCCAUCAGCCUCUGCUGCACACCGUUUACCUGAAAUAGUCAACAUGGUCCUUGUUUGACCUCUUAAACACUAGCAUGAUAGCAUUACAGCUACUACCACACUAACCACUAUGUACCAAAUUUAGGUUCACUUCACCACAAACUUUUAAGCCCCAGUUUUUAACCAUCUUAAGAGGAUUUUAAAUUAGUUCUGCAUCCUCACACUGCCACAUAUUUUAAUCUGAUUAUAAUAUGUACAAAAUUACACUGAAAUCAACAUUUUUUUUGUGAACUCUUGGGUGGAAUGGGAAAAAAAGUGCUGAUAAAAAUUUGUUUACUCAGGUAGAUUGGCUUUAACUUUCAAACUCAAUCAAUAGAUGUUAAGAAACAGAUUUUAAUUGGUUUAAUUUAUAGUAGACAAAUAAAGAAGUAUGAUAGAGGCUGGAAAAAGAGGAAAAGGCUACCCCACCCCAUCAGUACUUCAAAUAUGCACCUACCGACAACACUGAUCUUACUAAUAACUUUUCACCGCCAAAAACUCUCACGUUUGAGAGCAAUUAUGCCGACACUUUCCAAUGACCGUGUUGCUCACAGUGUGCACGGGAGUGAGGAAACGCUGAAAAGAUUUGCAUCUACCCUAGAAUUAAAGCACUGAGCCACUUUGACAAUGUGCUAGAAUAAUGUCAGUGCGAGUGUGCUAACAUAAGCUACGGUUCACACAGGGGAAGGAAGGUUACACUCCAAACCCUGGUGUCCAUUUAGGUCUUGAAGCUGCCCCUCUCUUACUCCAGUCUGCACUUUAAUGCAGGUCCCACCCCCACAGACCUGCUGUACUGAUGUGAACACAGAGGGGGCAGUUUUCUUUAAAUAGAUCUCGUCCAUAUGGAAGGAUUGGUGAUGUUUUUCUUCCUUUUUGUUUUCUUUUCACACCACCUUCCACCUAACUGCAGCCUCUCCUCUGAUCACAUUUGAUUGGUAGAUAUUCUGUAUUUGUCAGUGUUAAAACAUGAGGAUGGUGUUAUUUCUUCUGAUUCCAUUUCAAAAAAAAAAAAAAAAGGCUUUCAUUUUGGAGCUUUGUGUGAGGGGGAAAUAAAUAAAUGAGCUGUUUUUUUGA